AUGGCACAGUGGUGGUGGGCAUGCGAACCAGUCUACGUUCUCUCCAACAUGGCCCUGCGCCUCUCCAUCGGCGUGCAACUUCUGCGCAUCGCCAUCUCCAGGACCCACAAGCUCAUCAUCUGGAUAACCGUGUCCAUCUUCCAAGUCUGCAGUCUGGCCUUCUUUUUGCUGUUCGUCAUGCAGUGCCUGCCUUCCAAGUACUUCUGGGAGCGCUUCACCGGCGGCGAGGGCACCUGCAUCAACCCCGAGAUCACGGUAAACGCGACGUAUGCGUAUUCGGCCGUGUCGUGCGCCACCGAUUGGAUCCUCGGUCUGUUGCCCAUCUCGCUCGUAUGGCAUCUGCAGAUGACGCCGAGGACUAAACUCAUGGUUGCGGCGAUUUUGGCGCUUGGUGCUAUCGCCUCAACAGCAACAAUCGUGCGCAUGCCCUACGUCCAUGAUCUCGGCAACCAAGCCGACUUCCUCUUCGCCACCACCGACGUAGCCAUCUGGUCCACCGCCGAGACAGGAAUCGGCAUCGCCGCCUCGGCAAUCGCCACCUUGCGCCCGCUCGCGCGCACUUUCUUGGCCCGCUCCAAGCUCUUCGGCGGCAGCACCACGCCCCACGGCGCGGGCGGGACCAGCAACCCAUGGCCCACCUCGGCCAGUAAUGGCGGAUACAUCCGCAACCGCACGGCGCAAGACGGCGAUUGCGCCGACGAGUUCGGGUUGCGCGAGGACAUAGGCCGCAACCGCGGCGUGACGACGCUGGUGGAAGCUGGCAAGGGAGGCGUCAGGAGAAGCAUGUCUGGCCGAAGCGAUAGCGUGGGACCCCUGACGGGAGGCAAAGAUGGUUGGAAUAGCAGCGAGACCAAGCUCACGGAUAUCAGCAGCGAGGACGGGCUGAGUAAUAGAGGGGGCGGGUGGCCGACGGGGAUAAGGACGACAACGGUCACGACGCAGAAUGUUAUCGAGACGGGCACGAGCCCGCCUAUGCCGAAUGGGCCGUUAAGGGAUUAG